UAUACAAGUACAAUUUGGCGAUCCGAGACAUUGGGCCUCCACAUAUCGACAGUAUCAACGCUCUCCCUGAUACUACGCGAUCUACCAAGAUGAAAGUGUUUAUCAUUUUUGCUCAUCCGGAGCCGCAAUCCCUGAACGGCGCCCUUCUUCGAGUCACAGUCAAUGAACUAGAAUCUCAGGGCCAUGAGGUUCAGGUUUCUGACCUUUACGCCAUGCAAUGGAAAUCACAAGUUGACCGUGCUGAUUUCCCGCAGGUCCCGGCCGAUGCCCGUUUAAGGGUGGCAAUGUCAUCGGGAGAGGCUACUGCGUUGAGCACACUCACGGAUGAUGUCAAGCAAGAACAAGAGAAGCUCUUAUGGGCAGAUACCAUUAUUCUACAAUUUCCACUUUGGUGGUACGCAAUGCCCGCAAUCUUGAAAGGGUGGGUCGACAGAGUUUUCUCGUACGGCUUUGCAUACGGCGUUGGGGAACACAGCGAUAAACGAUGUGGCGACCGAUUUGGAGAAGGGAAGCUAUUUGGGAAGCGUGCCUUCUUGAUCGUAACAAUCGGAGGCUGGAGAGAACACUACUCCCCCCGAGGGAUCAGUGGCCCUAUUGAGGACAUACUUUUCCCCAUAACACAUGGAAUGCUUUAUUAUACCGGCCUUGAAAUUCUACCGUCAUUCGUUAUAUAUCAGGCCGAUCGGGCAGAUGAUGCAAUCUUUAAGGCAACAAGCCAUGAUCUUCGCCAGAGAUUGAAAAACCUGCCCAUCACGAAGCCCAUCGCAUAUCGUCGCCAAAACGGCGGAGACUAUGAACUACCAAGUCUAACUUUGAGGCCGGGACUAGAGGACGACGGCGCAAAGGGGUUUUCGUUACACGCCCGCAUUACCAAAGAUACGGCAGGCUGUCAGUGAUGCUAUGACUACAGUGAGAUAAGUGAGAUAAAAUGCGAAGUCGUCUGAUUUUGCGUUGGCAUACCAUCAUAUUGCUAGUUUAGUAUUGACGAAAUGUAACCACACUGGUAUUACUAGAUAGAAAUAAAUCAUAAUACAAGCAAGA